AAUUAAAAUUAACGAGGGUAUGAGAACUUGGCCGCCUCAAAGUGUUUUCCGAUUGUUGGAUCUCGUCACAGGGUCGGCAACUCAUUCUGGCCGGGAGGGGCGCUGGAGAAGGGAAGAUGACGUCCCUAGAUUCGUUAAUCGGGAAAGGAACUACCAUGUCCGGAGAACAGACUCUUCAUUCGGGGAACAGAUCUCAGUUACUUGCCCCAACGUUAAGCAGCAAGGCGGUCAAUCCGUGGUCACCAGGCUGGGAGCAGAGAGUGCAGGUCUCCAAGUGUUCCGGAUGCAGAGCAGUGAGCGGUGAUUCCUCCGGCGUCCAGGUGAGUACCCUAAUUAACGAUGGUGCCAGUCUCUGAAACCAACUUGCGUAAUACUUAACCCUAAACUCACAUUUUCAGCACAUCCAUUAAGAGCAUAUAAUCCUUUCCAACGGUUCGUCUCCCCCCGCUCCUUUCCUCCCUAAUAGACCAAUUAAUCGUAUAUAUCUGAAAUCUUUGAUUCUUAUUGUUGGUUCAGUAAAUCUAAACGAGGUAUGUUUGUCAUUUAACAUCUUUCCAUAUGGAUAUGAUUUAGGUUUAUUUGUACUUAUCAGUAUAAAGAGCUUUUGUAUUUCAUAACAGAUACAAUCUGCAGAAGAUUAUAUCCACGAGAGCCAUAGGUCUGGAUAGUUUUUACUUGAAUUUUAGUAAUUUUCGCACGUUGGUACCCGAGUACUUAUUAUAUGUAUAUUUGCGCUUCAUAUAUACAUAACCGACCUGGAUAAUCUCUAGACGACUCUUUGGUUUUACUGAAUUUAAAAAGACAUAGAGUUUUGGGUCUAAGAAGCUUCCUAUACAAUUGUGAGAUAAUGCUUUCAAUUUUUCUUAUUUUUAGAUUUAUAAAAGAUCAAAGAGAUGGAGAUUGAUGGGAAUGAGGAUAAUGCUUCUCUGUUUCUUUCCUACCUUUUGGUGAUAAGUAUGAUGAAUAGUGGAACCCAAUGAACAUGGAAUCACAUCUGAUCUGUCAAGAAGUAUUCAGAUACACCAAUUUAAAGAACUUCUAGAGUACUGGAUUUCUGAUUUAUCUAAGGAUAAUGAAGAUUUGGAAACUUAUGAAUUGAAUGAGGAAGUAUUGCCUUUGCACUACCGUGAGCAUGAUGAACUUGUGGAUUAGGGGCUUUGAAUUCUUUGCCAGCACAUGUUUGGGAGCAGCUUACGCCCGGAAUUUUUUCUUUAGAUCUUUGUACUUUUUAUAGUGAUUACCAUAAAGACCAGUUUUUCACAAUAAAGGAUUUUGGCAGGAGUGCAGUACUACUUUGGAUUUUGGAUUAAUUUAAUAAAAUUCGUUGUUAAUGUGUGAUUAAUUAUGUCA